UUGUAAUCUGUGCAUUUGAUUUUAUUUUUGAUUUAGUGCAUUGUGGAAAUUGUUAUUAGUUUAAAAUCGCGACUUAUAAGAUUUUAUAUUAGUAAAUAAUACUAUAAGUUAUUAUAAACUUAAGCGCUAAACAUUGCGUUUGUAUUUCGUUAAGGGUCACCAAAAUAUGGGCUUAGAAAACAUGCGACGUUGGCCAAUGUAUAUUGUAUUUGCUGUUUGUUUCUUACUUACCCUUUCACUCUUCAAUAGCUGGAGUAUGGAGACAGAAUUACAAAACAAAUUGACUGAGCUUAGCACUCAACUGCAAGAAUGUUCAAAACAUCAAACAACGUGCAUGGAAGAUUCGUUGCGGCACAUUCAGCAAAAAGAUAGUUUUAAUUCCAAAAUUAAUGACUUAGAAAAUCAGAAAAUUCAGUUAAGUAAUGAUUUGUUAGAUUAUAAAGAUAAAAUGUCGAAAUCUGAAACUAAAAUAAACCGCACAUUAGUUGAUGUGGAGCUUUGUAAAACAGAACUACAAUCUUUGCAAAACUUACAACUAAGCAAAUCUGCUACACUUGAGACUCUCCGGUUAGAAAAAGAAACUUUAACUAGCCAAUUAGAAGAACGUAAACAGAAGGUAGAGGAAUUGGAGAAAGAAAUUUUAAGGUUAAAAUCAUCAAUGACAACUAAAAGUGCACCAAACCCUCCUGCACCAUCUAAGGUAACACCAGCAGCUCAGCCUCCAAAAUUAAGCUCUUCUCUUAAUGCCCUCAAUCCAGUGAAUGAACCUGUUCUUGAAGAUAAUGCUAAAGAAGAAAUUGAAGAUGCAAAUGUAGAUUUCGAUCAACAAUUUCAAUAAAAUGUUGUUUAAAAUUUCACUAGGUAGGUAUUUAAAGGUUUACAGUUUGUUACAUAUAUUGUCAGGAUUGUGGCCUAUUAUUAUUUUUUAUUAAAUUGUUCAUCAAGUUCUGUUGAAGAGGGAGUAGACUAAAACAAAAAAUUAAAUUUUAUUCAGUAACGAUUUUAUCAACCAUCAAGAUAAAAAUAUGGUGCUUGAUAAAGUAAUCAGUGGUAUAUAAAUAGAAUAUGACUUUUUAACAUAAGAUUUUAAUACUAAGGUACAUUUAAAGGCAUGAUAAAAUACCACUUUAAUCAUUUAAAAAAGGUUUAUCUUUAAAAUAAAUACUCAGCUACUUCAUUUUUCAUACUCUGUUAAAUGAAAGACCCUUGCAAAGACUAGUCUUGGGGAUAGAUUAUAAUUAGUUUUGCCAAAACACAAGAUUUGUGAAACAAGGAGAUUAGGAUGGCAACAAGGAGGCAGGAUUAAGAGGAGACCCUCUUUUAUUUUCCUUUUUACUACCAUGUAAAGUUGUAUAUGUUGCUCAACUUCUAUUAUUGACAAAUAUAUUUUUUUUUACUUCUAUUAACAAAAUAUGUGGUCAACAAAGUAUUGCAACUGGUAAGCAAUGUAUAUGUAGUAUAUAUAGUUAUCUGUACUACCAUAGUAAAAUAUUUAGAAAUGUAGGUAUUUUUAAGGGCUAUGGUAAAUUUAGUGUUAUUAUAUAUAUAUUUUUUUUUUAACAUCACAAUUUAAAUCUAUAUAUUACGGCUUCCUGAGCAUCAAUAAAGCUAAUCAAUUUACAGACUGGGUUAUUAACAUAUUUAAUUAAGGUAAUAGAGGCAUCGACUUAUCUAUUUAAUUAAUAUCAACAAUAUUCUUUGUAUCUUGUAAAGACAAGUUUUUUAAUAAUUCUACUGUUGUUCAAGC